AUGGCACGCGCUGCCGUCCUCCCUUCAUCCCCAGCCAAGCGGGGGCCGCGGGCGGCAUCUCGAACGACAUUGAACAAAUCCACCAAGGCAGCUAGUGCAGCAUCGUCAGCCGCCAAGAAGCGCGCCCCCGUUAAGUCGAGCUUCAUAAAUGCGCAUGAUGAUCUCGACUCAGAUACGGACGAUGAGCUUGGGAUGAUGAUGAAAGAGCAACCUGACACCGCUGCCCGACCUCGGGGCCGACCUGCUGGACGUGUGAAGACCAAGCCCCCUGUCCCACGAAGAACGAUAACGAAAACUACGCCAGCGCCUGCCCUUGAGGAAUCGCAUGACGACAUGACAUCCAACCAAGACGAGCCCAAGCCAGCCAAGAAACGUGUUGGACGGCCAAGGAAGAACACUACCGCCGAGCCCGCUGCUCCCAAGCCUCGAGGGCGACCAAAGGCAGACGCAACAAAAAAGACCAUCGCGCCCAGAAAGAAUAUUCGCGCAGCGACCGAAGAUAACACGAGCGACCAGUCGGACGGUCCCAAGCACAUUACUAUUGCAACAAACUCGACAACGAUGCGCUCUAAUCUUUUGCGUGGCCCAGCUAAGAAGAAGACUGUCACAUUUCAAGAGGCGGAUGGCGAAUCAGAAGAGGAGGAAGAACAGCUCGAAGCACCUGCUGCUGGACGCCGCAAGGCGGCCGUAAAGAGCACUGAUCCAGCCAAAUCUGGCCUCGGAGGCGCACCGGUGCGCAAAGCUGCUACCGCAACAGGCCGUGGACGUAAGCCCGCGGCAGCGAAGAAGACUGCAACGAAACCUCUUUCUCCCAAGAAAGCUAAGCAAAUUGCCAAGACGCUGUCUGCUUAUGCCAGCUCCGAUGGCGAGGAGGACGAAUUGACUGCAGCCAAGUACGACAUCAAGAGUCCCGUGAAGCUUAUUGUCCAUUCCCCAGCAAAGCAACAGUCUGAGGCCCCGACCCUGUGCUCUCCUGUGCGCAAGAUCAACUUCACUCCCAAGAAAGCCUCUAAUCUCGUUGACGAGAAUGGCGAACCGAAACUUCCAACACCAAAACACGGAUCAACAACUGGUUUGAGCUCACCAGUCCGAAGAAUCAACUUCACACCAAACAAGAACCAACACACUGUUACGGAUAAUGGUCAUUUAGCGCUUCCGCCAGGGAAAGCGAUCGAUUUCAGCGACUCGGUCUUUAUGUCUAGCCCAGCUAGGCGGCCGGAAGCCUCUUCACCAUUUAAGUUCUCGUUCAGAGAAUCGGCCAACUGUGGUCCUCUUUUCCGCGACGAGUUGAACGGUGCACCUGCCCUUCAACCUUCACAUGGCCCCUCGUCACCCUUGAAACUGUCACCAAAAAAGGGACGCCUUGGCGCAUCAUUCUCUCAAUCGCCUUCAAAAGCAGAAACCCCUUCAAUUCCUGCUCGAGCUUCCUUGAUCCAGAGCCCAGCAAAAAGAAUUGCUUCUCCGUUCAAAAGCUCUUUGUUCUCGGCUAAAUCUUCCGUGACUGCGUCUACCACGCCAAAUGAUGAUAACUCCUCGCAUUCAUCCUCUAUAAGUUCCAUGAUUAGACGUCUGUCUUCGCACCAGGAAGAGGAAGAGGACCAAGCUGCCGAUGAAGAUCUUGAGAUGGUAGAGGAAGUUGCUCGUGAUAUCUUUGGCAUUGAGCUGCAGUCUGACGGCAAGUCGCCAUCUCAAUCUCCCUCGCCACAACAGAUUCCUGAAAUUGAAGCAGAGCAUGAACUUCAAACACAAGAAGUUUCAUUGGAGUCUCUUCCUGCGAUGACUGAAGAGGAGGCGGAGGACGCAGACAUUGACCAGAAGAUUGAGGAGUUGCAGGAAGAGAUUCGACAUGAACCAGAAGAUUUUGGAACUAUUUGUUUCAAUACAAUGGAGGACCUUCAGAGGCCUUUCAAAAAUCUAGAUGCUCAGAAUGAUACUGAACUGUAUAUGACUUUGAGUGAUGGCGAAUCUGUCAACCAAGUUGAUGAAAGCGAUUAUGAUGAGCCUAUCGAGGAUUUGGUGAUGGAAUCUGUUGAGCCCGAUGAGCCUCUGGAUGAGCUCGACCUGGCUCCCAGUUCCCCAGCGCAGGAGACUGAGAUGUUCUCGGUGCCUCGGACGCCAAUCACAGAGUCGCCGCUAGACUUGGCACUUUUCGAGGAAUGUGCUUUUGAAGAGCCCGGAACACCAACCCCUGCUCGUACGAGAACCUCACUCCAGAGCUUCGAAGAUGAAUUCGAAGAUGAAAACCCUAGCGAGACUGGAAGCGUUGUACACCGGCCUUAUGAGCAACAAGAGGCCGAGAUUGACUCUUAUGAUGUCGAUGAGAUGGCCAACAAUGAUUCGGAUUCUUCCAUCGCAUCUGAUGCCGAGAUGACUGUCAUGUCCCAGACUCAUUUGCCAUACGAUGUUGACAAUGGCGAAGAAAGCCUAUUUGAAGCCCUUGGACCAGCUCCUCCCACGGCACCUACCCCACCAGUCGAGGAACUUACUGAGUUUAUGCAAGAUAGUGUCAAGUCUCACACUCGCCUUUUCGAUAUCAACAAUACGGAAGAGCGCAUGGAUAUGCCAAGUAGUCCCAUGGAUACCACGCAAUCUGACAUUCCAACUCCUGUUUUGCCAAGGUGGCUUCACACCACUCGCAAGCAAGUUUGGCCGUUGGGAAGCCAACACACCCUCUCAAAGCCGACCAUCUCGUCCACGUCGGCGCGGUGUUUCUCUCUCGUUGGCCCGUUAGAGCGAUCAGCUGAGACCCACAUUCCAGACGAAGGCGAUGUUUCUUACCCUGAUCUCUCGCGUUCUCCUCUUGCCAACACCCCCCGUCUCUUCUCUGAGCUGCCACUUCAGCCUCGCAGUGAUGAUACUUCAGUGACGCCCCCCUCGCCGUCUAAAUCUCCUUCCGCUCGGGACAGUGACAAUAUGAUCAACUCACCAAGUAGAAGCGACAUUUUCGAAGAUCUCGAGCCUGUCGUCCCCUUGCAUCUCCGUACUCGUGAGAGCUUGCCAUCCAAGUCGACUGGAAGAAAGAAGGCUGUCGCCUCAACAGAUGAGGAUAAAGAGAACCUCCCUGCCCCAGCCCCCUUGCCAGCCACACCGAUGAAAGCACUUCCAGACCACCUUCGAACCGUCCAUACGGUAUCAAAGGUGCCAUUGAAGGGUGAAGGGGAGAUUUCCCCAUUGAAGAUGCCCCGCAAGCGUGGCCUGUCACUUUCGAGUACAUCGCCGACUCGAUCAUCUCCUCGAAUUCGCAAAUCGGUUUUUCUUCCUCGUAUGGACAGUGCUCCAGCCCUUGCUCCUCCAGAGCAGGUACAGGUGGCUCAAACACCCAGUCCUAAACGGCAUUGCAGUGCCGCUCGCCGUGUCAGCUCUCGAAUGAGCUCCCUGCCUGCGCCUAAAAGUCCUUCCGUUGUCAGUAGCCCUGGCAAGACUCCUCGUCGCAACCCAAGUCCCAAGAAGCAAGCACUUCGUGGUGCUGUCGUUUAUGUGGAUGUUCACACAACGGAAGGAGAGGAUGCUUCCGGUAUCUUCAUUGAGCUUCUGCAACAAAUGGGGGCCAGGUGCUUCAAAUCGUGGUCUUGGAACCCACGAGCGAGCAUGUCCCCGGUUGAUGGUGUCGACCCUUUGCAGACAAUUGGCAAGGUUGGCAUCACACACGUUGUGUACAAAGAUGGUGGUCUCCGGACCCUAGAAAAGGUCAAGCACGCCGGUGGCUUAGUGAAAUGUGUCGGUGUCGGUUGGGUUCUCGAUUGCGAGAGAGAAAAUAAAUGGCUCGACGAGUCACCCUACGUUAUUGACAACACUGUCAUUCCCCGAGGUGGUGCUAAACGCCGCAAGAGCAUGGAGCCUCGUGCCCUGAGCAACAUCAACGGCACCCUGAAGCAUAUCGCUGAACCUUCCACGCCAUCUGCUAGCGGACGCCGCUGCGGUGCAGAUAACAGAGCCAUGGAAGGUUUCCGCAAGAUCACACCCCCGACUCCUCGCGGUGCCUCACCCUCUACCCCGACCCAGCAGUCUACUGGUGACCGAUACCAAGUUCCACAAACACCCGGCUACAACUUCUCCAACCUCGAUGCCAUUGGCAUGUCUCCCGCGACGCCCUACUUCCUCUCAAACCGCACACAGCUGGUUCAGCAAUCCUGCCCGCCCAAGCAGAGUGGCCGGGGCUUGUUCCCUGUGCAGACUCCUACACUGAGCUUCGAGGAAGACGAUCAGGAGAAUCGGCGCCAGCAGCGAGCUCGUAUGGAAGCUGCUCGACGAAAGAGCUAUUUUCAUAAGCCGGUUGUUGCUAGUCCGCUUGCCCGGUGA